AUGGCUGCUCAUCUUAGCGUCUCCACUUUACAUUUUUCCGACGUCAACCUUAUGAGUGUGUCACCUAUCGCCGACGACAGCCACAUAAAAAAACAACGAAGCGUGGCGAGCUUGCAAACGUUGAGCGCAAUCUGCUCCUGCCUCCUGAUCGUAGGAGCCGUCGCAGCUCUCGGAAAUAUCGUCGGUGAUUUGGCCACAAAGCUGGCUGCACCGGACAAAAGUCAUGAAACCACAAGGCAUCCUCAGACACGCUAUUGCAGCACCGUGGACUGCCAGAAGUUGGCCUGGCUCUUUCACAAAGCCAUCGACACGCAGAAAAAUCCGUGCGACAACUUCUACCACUACGUGUGCGGUAAGGUGCUUCGACAGUACGGUUCUCGCAAGUACAGCACCGUGUCUGACAUGGGAGACAACCUGACAUUCGCUUUUCACAGGAGCCUGUCUGAGGCCACACCACCGCGCAAAAACCAAAGUGCGUUCGACAAGGCUGCCUCUUUCUACCAAAUUUGCCUUCAGAGACCUGAUGCAAGCAAUCGUAACCGCGAGGUCAUCAAGAAAUUUUUAAAAGCGAACAAUCUGCAGUUUAAUGGCGAAGGAACAUUCGAUCCUGUUCAUGCUGUGUACCGGCUAUUGUUCGUCGAAAAUAUAAACUUUCUCCUUCGAGUGCAACUAGAUCGCAGUCUUUUCGAUAAUCAUUAUAUGCUAUCGCUUUCUUCAAGUUCCGAAUUCAAAAUGUGGAUCGAAACACGCGAAUCUUUGAUUGAUAGUAAAAAUAAAUAUAAUAAUUACGUAAUCGACGUACUAGCCGUUAUCGGCCUAACGGAAAAGCCAGCGCUCAGCGACACCAUCACACAAAUUAAGGCGCUCGAAAACACUGUAGUUAAACUGAAGUAUGCAAAUAUUUCCAUGGAAAAAGAUUACGUUCUUCCCGUAUCUGAGCUGUCAUCAUGGUUUCAAAUGGAUCAUAACAAAAGCAGAGUAAUGUCCGAGAAUCUUUUAGCGCCUGGUGAUUACAACAUCCGUGGACCUAUUAGAGAUUUCCACUUUCUGCGUUCUCUUCUGGUGAAUAUAUCUCCAAACGAUUUGCGCACCUAUACAACAUGGGAAGUUCUCCGACUACUAUCGAACGUCUCCGGUCUUGUCAACAUUCAAGAAACACAAAGCAGUCUCGAAUGGUAUUGCUACACGGAAACACGAAAGUUCUACUCGCAUGCUGUUGCCCUACAUAUUUUCUUUCCCCUUGUGAACAAAUCGAGACUCGCCAAUAUCGACACUAUGGCUGAUAAUAUAAUCGAGAGACUCGAUGAUACAAUUCGCAAGUCGGAAUGGCUGCAAGGAUUGUCGCUUCGCAAAACUCUGGGCAAGCUCCAUAGGAUCAACCGCCAGCUAGGAUAUCCAAGUGGGCUGGAUACCGCAGAAGGUAUGGAGGACUACUACCGACCUUUUCCGGACGUGACCGGUCCUUACCUUGAAGCCUACUUGAAAAGUGCCGCAGCAGCCAUGCGACACUUGAUCAACUUCGUCGAGCAGCCCACAGCCGACCCCAGAAACAUCGAGUUCGAAACCCGCAAGGUCAAUGCCUAUUAUUACCACAGCGGUGAGUUUGCCUCAUUUCCAGCUGCCAUUUUGAUGCCACCGGCGUUCAACUACGGCGCGCCACCGGAAAUCAACUACGGUAGUCUGGGCCGCAUCAUCGUACACGAAUUGAUGCACGCGCUUGAUCGGUCCUGGACAGCCUCGCUGCGGGCCAGGAGCCGGUCGUUUUUCCACACGGUGGACAUGGAGCAAGCCUAUCUCUCCAAGUCGCAGUGCCUUCUCAAGUCCGCGACAAGACCGCCGGAAGGAGCGCGCGUACCUGAGUCGUGGACGCCGGAGCUCCUGGCCGACCACAUGGGACAAAGUGCGCUGAUCGAAGCCUAUCGUAGAGCGAGCGCGGAGUCCGCCGUCACCAUCCGCUCGCUGGGACAGUUUACAAGCGAACAAUUGUUUUUCAUAAGCUCCUGCUUGUUUUUGUGUUCUAAUUACAAAUCGGGAGCGCUCGGUUCGCAUCCUCCAAGUGUUGACAGGUGCAACGUCCCCUUAAAGCACUCUCCGGAGUUUGCCAAAGCGUUCUCUUGUCCAUCUGGUUCUCCAAUGAACCCCACGAGCAAGUGUUCUUUUUGGUAG